AUGGAGCAUGCCUAUUACUCCCAUUCUGCAGUCACUCCACUGGCUGCUUGUCAGACAUCAAGGAAAGGUCCCCAUCCCAUCCAAGCAGGAAGUGGUGCUGAAUUCUGGGAAAGAGCUGCUCCAGAGUUCCUGGCUCAGGACACUAAGACCGCAGAUGUGCGCAGCCAGUGCUUCCGGCUGUUCCGAUACCAUGAGGCCUAUGGACCCCGAGAGAUUUGCAGCCAGCUCCAUAGACUUUGCAACCACUGGCUGGAGCCAGAGAGGCACACCAAAAAGCAGAUCCUGGACCUGGUGAUCCUGGAGCAGUUCCUGGCCAUCCUGCCCCAGGAAAUGCAAAGUUGGGUCAGAGGGUGCGGGCCAGAGACCAGUUCCCAGGCGGUGGCCUUGGCCGAAGGUUUCCUCCUGAGUCAGGCAGAGGAGAAGAGGCAGGCAGAGCAGGUGAGGGGACCAACAGUGAAGAUGGAAGCGAACUUCUCUGAGGAGGAAGGAUCCCCUUCGGAGGAAGGGCAGAGGACUGAGGCCCAGGAGCAGGACCAAGAUGCCCUCUCGGGUGGCAGUGGACAGGUGGUGUUCCGCCAUCGUCUUGGCAGAGUUGUGGAAACGGCCGCUGCACCUCCAGUCCAGUGUCCCUUUUCCUUUGCGGAGGUGGCCGUGCAUUUCACGGAAGCAGAGUGGGCGCUUCUGGAUCCGGGCCAGAGAGCUCUCUACGGGGAAGUCAUGCUGGAGAACUACGGGAACGUGGCCUUUCUGGGGGACGAUCGGGGGAAUGAGGAGGGUGAGGAACUGCAUCAUCUAUCGCCAGAUGAAGUCAAGAAUGAAGACCUGAGAGAAACCUUCAGGACUCAAGGCCAACCAAAGAGGCAUAAAGGAAGCCACAUAGUUGAGAAGAUGGAGCAACCCAUUCCUUGCCAAGGGGAGGAUUUUCAUGAAGCAAUUCACAUGGUGGAGGAAAUGUACAAGCAUUUGGAGUGUGAAAUGGUCUUCUUAGAUGAAACUCAAUAUAAGCUCCAUUUACAAAUGCUGGAUGAAAAUCAAAUCAAAAUGAAGACCUAUCAAGGCCUGGAGUGUGGAAACAGCUUCCUUUGCAGAGCAGACCUCCUUAAAGGUCAACAAACACAUGCAGGAGAGAAACAUUAUAGUUUCUCAGACUAUGGCGAGACUUCCUCAGAGAAAUCAAACCUUGGUUGUCUUCACCAAAAUCAAACAAACCACACAGACGAGAAACCUUUUGAAUUCUCAGAAUGUGGAAAGAGAUUCAGUCAGAGUGGCGAUCUCCUAGUGCAUCAAAUAAGCCACACAGGGGAAAAACCUUUGAAGUGCUCAGUAUGCGGAAAGGGAUUCCGUUGGAGCAGCCAUCUUCACAAGCAUUUAAGAACUCACACAGGGGAGAAACCUUUUGUGUGCUCACAGUGUGGAAAGAGAUUCAGUCAGAGUGGCCAUCUCGUAGUGCAUCACAGAACCCACACAGGGGAGAAACCUUUUCAGUGCACAGACUGUGGAAAGAGGUUCAGUUGGAGCAGCCAUCUUCACAAGCAUUUAAGAACUCACACAGGGGAGAAACCUUUUGAAUGCUCAGAGUGUGGAAAGAGAUUCAGUCAGAGUUGCCAUCUCCUAGUGCAUCAAAGAACCCACACAGGGGAGAAACAUUUUGAAUGCUCAGAGUGUGGAAAGAAAUUCACUCAUCUUGUCAGUCUUCAACAACAUCAAAGAACACACACAGGGGACAAACAUUUUGAAUGUUCAGAGUGUGGAAAGAGAUUCAGUCAGAGUGGCAAUCUCCUACUGCAUCAAAGAACCCACACAGGGGAGAAACGUUUUGAAUGCUCAAUAUGUGGAAAGGGAUUCCGUUGGAGCAGCCACCUUCACAAGCAUUUAAGAACUCACACAGGGGAGAAACCUUUUGUGUGCUCAGAGUGUGGAAAGAGAUUUAGUCAGAGUGGCCAUCUCUUAGUGCAUCAAAGAACCCACACAGGAGAGAAACCUUUUGAAUGUUCAGACUGUGGAAAGAGGUUCAGUUGGAGCAGCCAUCUUCACAAGCAUUUAAGAACUCACACAGGAGAGAAACCUUUUGAAUGCCCAGAGUGUGGAAAAAGAUUCAGUCAGAGUGGCCAUCUCCUAGUGCAUCAAAAAAAACACACGGGGGAGAAACCUUUUGAAUGCUCAGAAUGUGGAAAGAGAUUUUGUGACAGUAGCAGUUUUCAACGGCAUCUAAGAACUCACACAAUGGAGAAACCCUUUGAAUGCUCAGAGUGCAGAAAGAGAUUCAGUCAGAGUGGCGAUCUCCUACUGCAUCAAAGAACUCACACAGGGGAGAAACCUUAUGAAUGCUCAGAAUGCGGAAAAAUAUUCAGUCUGAGCUUCCAUCUUCACAAUCAUUUAAGAACUCACACAGAGGAGAAACCUUUUGAAUUCUCAGAAAGUGGAAAGAGAUUCAGUCAGAGUGGUGAGCUCCUUCUACAUCAAAGAACCCAGACAAGGGAGAAACCUUUUGAAUGCUUAGAAUGUGGAAAGAGAUUCAGCACAAGUGGCAAUCUCCUACUUCAUCAAAGAACCCACACAGGGGAGAAACCUUUUGUGUGCUCAGAGUGUGGAAAGAGAUUCAGUCAGAGUGGCCAUCUUCACAGCCAUUUAAGAACCCACACCGGGGAGAAACCUUUUGAAUGCUCAGAGUGUGGAAUGAGAUUCAGUCAGAGUGGCCAUCUUCAGCGUCAUCAAGGAAGCCACAGAGGAGAGAGACCUUUUGAAUGCUCAGAGUGUGGAAAGAGGUUCAGUAGGCUUCGCAAUCUUCAAAAACAUCAAAGAGCCCACAUGAGAGAAGCAUUUUAAAUGCUCAUAAGUGUUGGAAAAGAUUCUGUCAGCAUCAUCAAGGAACUCACAGAGGUGAGAAACUUUUUGAAUGUUAUAGAAGGAUAAAUUAUAUGAAUAUGUGAGAAUGGCAAAAUUAACAUCUUAUAUACACAAUA